AUGUAUAAACCGUUUUUUGAUGAUCCUGUUAAAACAUACGGGUAUUAUAAUUUCCUAACUGAUGCUCUAGAUGAUUUAAAAGAUGACGAUGAUAUUGUGGUCUUGCCUCCAGAUGCGCAUUAUUUGACUGACGAGGAGGAAUUGGACGAAAACCAACUGAUGGCAAAUAGAAUGCCACAAGAUGUUUCUGGUCGUUUAGAGCUGUUUCGCCAAAAUUCAGCUAAUGAUGAGUUCUGCAGCAGCGACGAAGAGCCGUUGAGUGAAGUGCGAAAACGUAUAAAAAUAAAUAAAUCUAAACGCGAUGACUUGGCCUGGGAGAAAUGCAAUCCUAAAUAUUCCAUUUGGUCUGAGCCGCCACUGUUAUAUGCAAAGAAUUCCAAUAGAAAAGAAUUUAAAUCCAGUACAACUAUUUGA